AUAACAUGCAAUGGCAAGUGCAAAAUCUUUCAGACAUGGGCGGGGUUUUAUGUUUGGGAACCUAAAACCCUGUGUGUACAAAUAAAAUGCCCCAAAUCUCAAGCCUACGCCUCCUAUUCUCCUCCGCCAAUCACCACGCACUUCUCACUUCCCCUUUAACCCCAAAACCAUCGCUUUACCUUUCUCAUCUCUUCAAAAUCAAGCACCCCCCAUUUCUCCAUACCCACACUCACAAGCCCUGUCGUCUUCUCUUCGCCGCAUAUUCAAGAAAACCCAAAAAUAUCGAACGACCCGGUUCGUCGAGCGGUUCAAGAAGGCGUAGUAGUAGCAGUAGUUCAAAUAAGGAGAAUAAAGGGAAGUCGGUAAUGGAAGAAAGUAGUAGUAGUGCGAUUGCUGAGUCUGUUGGGUUUAAUAAAAGAAGGGCUGAAGGUAAAGAUAAGAAUGAUGGUCCCAGGAAAAACCUUCAACUCAAAGUUCGCAAACUCAACCCUGUUAAUACUAUUUCAUACGUCCAGAUCCUUGGGACUGGCAUGGAUACACAAGAUACAACACCCUCAGUCCUUCUCUUCUUUGAUAAACAGAGGUUUAUUUUUAAUGCUGGAGAAGGAUUGCAACGCUUCUGCACAGAGCAUAAAAUUAAGCUAUCAAAGAUUGAUCACAUAUUUCUGUCGCGAGUCUGUUCAGAAACUGCCGGUGGACUCCCAGGUCUUUUAUUGACUUUGGCUGGCAUGGGAGAAGAAGGAAUGUCUGUCAAUGUAUGGGGUCCUUCUGAUCUCAAGUACUUGGUCAAUGCAAUGAAAUCAUUCAUCCCAAAUGCCGCCAUGGUCCAUGCACGUAGUUUUGGCCCACCUGUUGAUUCUUCGGGGGCUACUGAUGAACUCUUUGUUCCUAUUAACGAUGAGGUUGUCAAAAUAUCUGCUGUUCUGUUGCGACCACGUUACUCAAAAGUGUCUAAGACGACAAAGGAAGGAUCCUCUGAACUUGAUGAUUCACUAGUUGGUGAAAAUCUUUCAGCAGAGAGGAUGCAGUCCACAGCUGAAUUUGCAUUGAAGCCUGGGGAUCUUGCUGUAGUGUAUGUUUGUGAGUUGCCUGAAAUUAAGGGAAAGUUUGAUCCCAAAAAGGCUGCUGCUCUUGGGUUGAGACCUGGCCCAAAAUGCCGUGAAUUGCAACUCGGGAAUUCUGUACAGUCAGAUCAUCAAGACAUCAUGGUUCACCCUAGUGAUGUAUUGGGGCCUUCUGUUCCUGGUCCUAUUGUACUCGUUGUUGACUGCCCAACACCGUCUCAUCUGCAAGAAUUGUCGUCUGUACAUUCUCUCACUCCGUAUUACUCAGAUCCAUCCGAACAAUCCAAGGAAAUGUGCAAAAAAGUUGAUUGUGUGAUACACCUUAGUCCUGCUUCAGUAACGUGUACAACUGAAUAUCAGCAAUGGAUGUCAAGAUUUGGUGAGGUGCAGCACGUCAUGGCAGGACAUCAGUUGAAGAAUGUUGAAAUUCCAAUUCUGAAGUCUAGUGCAAGAAUUGCCACAAGGCUGAACUACUUGUGCCCUCAAUUCUUUCCUUCGCCUGGUUUUUGGUCUCUUCCGCAGUUAAAGAGCUUACCCUCAGUCUCUAAGGGUCCAAGUGAGUUCUCUCUUCCAGCUUCAUGUCAAGUUAUUACGGCAGAGAACCUCCUCAAGUUCCAUCUUCGCCCAUAUGCACAGCUUGGUUUAGACAGAUCUGGUAUUCCUGAAAUUACUUCUCGGCCAAAAAUCAUAGAAGACUUAAUUACAGAAAUUCCUGAAAUUGUGGAUGCUUCUGAGCAUAUUACCCAACUGUUGCAUCAUGGUAACAAAAUUGCAAAUGGAGGCAGCACGACAUUGCAGGCCAACAAUGUUGUGAUAGAAGAGCCCUGGUUGCAUGAAACUGCAUUACCUAGUUGUUUGGAAGGUAUAACAAGAGAGGAUAUGGAGAUUGUUCUUCUUGGAACUGGUUCUUCCCAGCCUUCAAAAUAUCGAAAUGUCACUUCCAUUUUUAUCAAUCUUUUCUCAAAGGGAAGUAUUCUGUUAGAUUGUGGUGAAGGAACAUUGGGACAGCUAAAAAGAAGAUUUGGCAUUGAAGGUGCUGAUGAAGCUGUAAAAGGUCUAAGGUGCAUUUGGAUUUCUCAUAUUCAUGCUGAUCAUCAUACUGGUAUUGCAAGAAUACUUGCUCUCCGACGCGAUUUACUUAAUGAAACUCCUCAUGAACCUUUAGUUGUUGUGGGACCACGACAGCUUAAGAUAUUCCUUGAUGCAUACCAAAAGCUUGAGGACCUAGAUAUGCAGUUCCUCGAUUGUAGGCAAACUACAGAAGCUUCAUUGAGGACUUCUGAGUCAGGUGAAAACAAGGAUGCUAAUGGGAGUGUAGGUGUACAAAAUGACCAAAAGAAUGGUUCUAACUUAUUUGCUAAAGGUAGCCGUAUGGAGAGUUAUUGGAAGAGGCCAGGCAGCCCAGCUGCAGCAUUCCCGGUGCUGGCAAUGUUGAAGAGAAUUCUGAGAGAAGCAGGAUUGGAAGCAUUGAUCAGCUUUCCUGUUAUUCAUUGUCCACAAGCAUAUGGUGUUGUCCUGAAGGCGGCGGAUAGGACUAACAGCACUGGGAAGAAGAUACCGGGGUGGAAAAUUGUUUACUCUGGCGACACGAGGCCUUGUCCAGAACUAGUUGCAGCUUCCCAUGGGGCCACAGUUCUUAUUCAUGAGGCUACCUUUGAAGAUGGCAUGGUGGAAGAAGCCAUAGCGAGAAAUCACAGCACAACACAGGAAGCUAUUGAAGUAGGGGACGCUGCUGGAGCAUAUCGAAUCAUCCUCACUCAUUUCAGUCAAAGAUACCCUAAAAUUCCAGUUUUUGACGAAACACACAUGCACAAAACAAGCAUUGCUUUUGAUAUGAUGAGUGUUAACUUAGCAGACCUAGCCAUGCUUCCAAGAGUUCUUCCAUAUCUUAAACUGCUAUUUCGUGAUGAAAUGAUUGUUGAUGAAUCUGAUGAUGUAAAUGUUGCUACAGCAGCAGCUAUUUGAGUUACUGAAUAACACACAUUGAUCAAUUUCUUUUUAUUCAUUUAUACGCAGGAGUUAAAUCACAGUGAAUCUGUUGAUGCUAA